UAAUAGUAGGUGGAGCUUGGUUUCUCUCUUUCAUUUCGACCCGUCUACCCAAAACGUCACCCGGUGUUCGCUUCCUUGUUCAGCCAAAAGAGGAAUAGCCUCCCUUCCUCUCCGUCCCCUACUGCUCGCUGCUUCCUCCCGUGCUUCCGAUGUCGGAUCGCGUGGCGGAGAACGUCGGCGCCCUUGUGCGGCGCCUCUCUCGCCACCUCAAUCGCAAGAUCACCGACGUGCUCGCCCUCCUCUUCCGCCACAAGAGCGCGGGCUCCCUCGGAGCCGUCGCCGGCUUCGCAAUCGCCGUCGUCUUCGCAUGGAAGUUCCUGAGGCCGUCGCGGGGCCGACGGACGACCGAUCGGCGCAAGCCUAGGGCUUCUCCUUCGACGAGUCGAGAGGCAGCUGGAGCUGAUCCUUCGCCCUCGGAAGGUUUCGUGCCCUUGAGGCCAUUGAAGGUCUCCGAUGCCAUCGAGGCAGUUGCGUCUCCUGUUGAGCUAACUCUUGGACAAAUUGUGAGGAAGAGACUUGGUGGCUGCAGAAAGAUGACUUGUCAGCUGCUUGGUGUGAUCCUGGAGGAGAAAACUCCUGAAGAGCUUCAGAAACAUGCUACUCUCAGGCUCUCUGUGCUGGAAGUAUUAGAGGAAAUCUCUAAAUAUUGUGAUCUUUAUUUGAUGGAAACUGUUCUUGAUGAUGAAAGUGAGGAGAGAGUUCUUUCAGCUCUUGAGAGUGGUGGAGUUUUCCAAAUGGGCAGCUUGAUCAAGGACAAGGUCCUAUUUUGCAGCACUGACGUCGGGCGAACAUCAUUUGUGCGGCAGUUGGAGGCUGAUUGGCAUAUUGAUUCAAAUCUGGAAAUAAUCUCGCAGCUUUUGCGAUUUAUCAGAUUCCAACUCUAUAUCUCGGAAAUGGAAUCAGGACAAAUAGCGCCAAAUGUAUUCACAUCUACGUGUUUGGAACAGUUCUUUUCCUAGCUUGGAAAAACUGCAGGCGUCAACCGAGACUUGGCACCGUGCCUCUGGCUAUGGUCUUGUGUUCCCCUCUAACCUUACGAUAAGUGGGUUUCCAUUACAUGGCUGUAAUGUACAUGCUCGGCACUUUCAAGUGAUGCUUACAACUGCUGCUUGUUGAAGUUUUCUUGUUUGCUUGCACCAAUGACCUUGAAAAUGCAGAUGAUUUCCCAUA